ACAUACAGUAAACUUUUUAGUCCUUGUGUAAUAAGUAUUUAGCCAAUGUUCUUAAAAACAGUAAAACAUUUAAAAGUUACAAAACUACCGCAUGAUGGCGCAUAAUGGGUCAACCAAGAUUUUAUAUAGCUUUUAUAUUUACAAUUGGUUGUUGGAAUGCCCCUCUAGAAGGAAAACAACACGUCUACUAUGCUAGUAGAGAAGGAGCAAGCAAUUGCAAAUCAGAAGGAAUAAUGUCAUACCGAGGUUUGAUGAAAAAAAUCAUGUGUACAAAUGAACGCGUUGGAAAAACUUGCGAAAAUGACAAAUUUUGCAAAUCAAAUGAAGAAUGUUUAUGUGAAAACAAAUGCGAGGACCGAAGAUGUAAAAAAAAAGUGGUGAAUGCACAAUAUGAUGAUCAAGAAAAUCCAGGUUUCAAUGAAACAAAUGUUGGUCAAUGUAAAGUUAAUAUAUGUGAUAAUGGUGGUUCUUGUAUUGUAACAAAAGAAAAUACAACAAUAUGUCAUUGUGCUAGUGGAUUUUCUGGAGAUAAAUGCUCAACAAACAUAGAUGAUUGCUUUCCAAAUCCAUGUAAUGGUAAUGGUCAUUGUGAUGAUGGUAUUGGACGCUACAUCUGCAAAUGUUUUGAUGGUUUCAAAGGAAUUAAUUGUUCAUAUUCAAGUUCAUGCCGUAUAAAUUGUGAUUCAGUAAAUUCAAACUGCUCUGGUAAUGGGUGUGCUUGUAAAUCUGGCUUUGAAGGGGAAAAUUGUGAUAUUCAGAUCAAUGAAUGUACAAAAAUUUUUUGUGGCUUACAUGGACGCUGCGAAAGCACAAAAAAUGGUUAUGAAUGUGUUUGUAAUUCCUCAUACACAGGCCCCUUUUGCGAUAAAAAAAUAACCUAUUGCACAAAUACUAGUUGUCCUCAUGGCACUUGUAUUGAAAAAGACAAUGGAUUUUCAUGUAAAUGCAAUGAUGAAAACUUUAUUGGAGAGAAUUGCUCAAUUAGUCUUUUGUCAAAUGUGACUAAAUGUCCAUUUGAAGAAUGUCAUUCAAAAUUCGAUGGUGGUGUUUGCAAUCCAAAAUGUGAUAAUCCACAAUGUAAUUGGGAUGGAACUGAUUGCACACUGGGUGUUGAUCCUUGGAUUCAGUGUAAAUCACAAAAAAAUCAGUGUUGGAAACAUUUUGGAAAUGGUGUUUGUGAUCGCGAAUGCAAUAAUAUGCAUUGUUUGUUUGAUGGAAAUGAUUGUCGACCAAAGAUUGAUGAAUGCCCUAGUGAUUGUGCUAAAAAGUUUGGCAAUCGUAUCUGUGAUCGCCACUGUGACACAGUUGCCUGUGGCCAUGACAAUAAAGAAUGUAGCAUGAAUACACCACCAAAACUGGUACAAGGAUUUUUAGUAAUCAAAUUACGCUCUGGGCGUAGCGAGUUUGAGGCAAACCAAGUUCAACUGCUUCGAAAUCUGAGCAUUAUACUAAAUACAAUUUUAACAAUUGUUACUGUAGAAACUUCUAGCAAAUUUAGACGAUCAUCAUCUGACAGUGCUUUUACUACUAUAACUUUAAAGAUGGAUAACUCUCUUUGCACAGAGCUAUGCUUUGACUCACCUAAAGUUGCUGCAAGCUAUCUUGGGGCUCGUGCUCAAAAGAAAAACCUUGAUCUUGUGUUUCCAAUUUAUUCAGUUUCAGACAGUAAACUCUCCCCAAAUACCUCUUCAAUUACUCACAGCGUUAUAAUUGUCACAAUAAUCACAUUGGUGCUUGUUAUAGUAGUUGUAGGUGGUAAAAAGAUGCGAUUUCGAUUAUGGAAAUUUAACCAAGAUCGACCAAAUGUCAGCGAAAGAGGUGAAGCUGAUGGUGGAGAGGAAAUAGGGUUAUCACCUCCACAUUCAUCAUUUGGAGUUGAUGAUUACAGUCUUGAAGGGUAUAGUUCAGCCAAAAAAUUGAAACUUAGUGAAGAGGCUGAAACAGAAGUACUUGUAGAUACAAGGCGUCAUUUCUGUCAAAAUCAUCUCUUGCAUCAAGCAAUAAUAGUCGGAAACAUAGAAGAAGUUAUAGCAUUAUUAGAUCGUGGAUUUGAUGCCAAUGGGGUAGAUGACACAGGUGUAUCACCAUUGCAAAAGUGUGUAUUAAGGAAUAAUUUUGAUGCUUUUCGUUUGUUAUUACGAAGAAGCAAUAUUGAUCACCAAUGUCAGCUUGGGAAAACAGCUUUAAUGAUGAGUUGUUACUAUAAAAAUUGCUGUAUGCUGGAUGAGUUACUUGCUGUUGGUGCUCGCGUUACUCUUACCGAUGUGAAUGGUCACACUGCAUUACACCACGCUGCUUUGGCAGGAAAUGCCAACGCCAUACAUAUUUUACAUAAAAACAAUGCUAAAGUUGACGUUCAAGAUAUAUUGGGUCAAAGUCCGCUAUUUCUGGCUGUAGUAUCUAUAUCGAUAGAUGCUGUGAGCGCUCUUCUUGCACAUUAUGCAAAUAAAAAUUUAGGAGAUAACAUGGAUAGAACGCCUCUCAUGAUAGCAAAAGAAAUAAAACAUCUCCAGUUAGUUAGUUUGCUUUCUGAUUGGGAUGGUUCACCGCAGUCCCCAAUAUCGCCAACAAACAUAAAAGUUUAUACAAAUGGCUCAAAAAAAAGAAAAAGAAAAGAUUCAUGGGGUAGAGGUGUUGGAUGCACAAGUAAUUCUGUUUCAUUUUCUAAUCCUCCUCGUUUUCAUUACGAUGAUCGUUCUGCGAGGAAUCAGUUCCUAUACCAGCGUACUUCUACCGAUGAUGCAAUCAAUCCUUUUCCUACCCCUCCUUCCGUUACUAUAUAUUCACCUUCAUAUAAAGAUGCCUGUUCUCCUAAUUUUGGUCCAAACAUAUAUGAACUACCGUCUCCGCCUGAGUCGUGGUCGACAUCUUUUUCCUCUCCUUAGUUACAAUGAUAAUAACUUAAAUGUCUUUAUAAGUUCUAUAGUUUUAUAUAAAAUUUCUAUAUAUUUAAAUAGCUUGUACUGUUUCUUAGCUCUUUAUUGCAACAGUUUCAAUUAUUUAUUUGGAUCAAAGAUAUCAGUAACAUUUAAUCCUCUUUAAUUUCUUUGAAACAUGUUUUUUAUCUUAUUUUUAUGAAAAGUGUUUGAAUUUUAUUUAACAGAUUUUUUUAUACCAUGUAAAUAAAGUAAAUUGAAAAUAAAAAAGUGUGUUACUAUUAAA